CAGAAAUACGGAAGCCAGUGCGUCGUUUUGAUUGGCUCUGCGCUGCCUCGCUUUAGAACUCCCAAGUAAGGCGCGCGGGGCAAGGAGGGAGCAAUAGCAACAAAGACACGAGCUUGGCAAUGAUUAAACAUCGACUGUCAACAUGCAACAAGCUGAGAACACAACAGAACAUUGCAAAGAAACAGAAAUCACCAACUAAAUAUGAAGAUGACAUUACACUCAGCAAAGAAGUACCCAGUCAACAGUGUUUCUUCCAUACUUUCAGCGAUGCAGCCGAAAUCAAAGAUUUCCGUAAGAGGUUACUUACCUGGUACAAUAAAUGCAAACGGGACCUUCCCUGGAGGAAAAUGGCUACAAGUGAAACUGAUGCUGACAGACGAGCCUAUGCUGUGUGGGUAUCUGAGAUCAUGCUUCAGCAAACCCAAGUGGCUUCAGUGAUCAGCUACUACAAUCGCUGGAUGCAGAAAUGGCCAACUUUGCAGGAGCUUGCUAAGGCUUCACUAGAGGAGGUGAAUGAGCUAUGGUCUGGGCUUGGCUACUAUUCCCGAGGGAAGAGGCUCCAGGAAGGUGCACGCAAGGUGGUGUCCCAGAUGGCAGGCCACAUGCCCAGGACAGCAGAGGAGCUGCAGAAGUUGUUGCCAGGAGUUGGGAAGUAUACUGCAGGAGCUGUAGCAUCCAUCGCAUUUGGCCAGGUGACAGGUGUGGUAGAUGGAAACGUAAUUCGAGUCUUGUGCCGUGCACGAGCCAUUGGUGCUGAUCCCACAAGUUCAGCUGUCGCUGACAGACUUUGGGCUUUAGCCAACAGUCUGGUGGAUCCAACUCAUCCAGGUGACUUUAAUCAAGCAAUGAUGGAAUUGGGGGCAACUGUGUGUACCCCCAAGACACCCUUAUGCACAGAGUGUCCAGUGAAGCAGCACUGUAGGGCUUAUCACAGAGUGGAGAAGGAUCUGGUACUUUCUGGAGAGAGACUGCUAGGAAAAGCAGCCUCGAAGUACUCCCACUUGCCAGAUGUGGAAGAAUGUGCCACCACUACAGGGAGUUGCUCUUUCUGCCUGCCUACUUCAGAGCCGUGGGAUCCCAGUCUUGGGGUGGCCAAUUUCCCCAGAAAGGUCACUAAGAAGAAGCCAAGAAUCGAACAUACAGCCACGUGUGUGCUCCAGCGGAGAAGCAUUGGUGGGGAACCAGAGUAUCUUAUUGUACAGAGACCCAGCUCAGGACUGCUGGCAGGGCUGUGGGAGUUUCCAAGCCUCCUCCUUGAGCCAGGACAAGAGAAGCAACUGAAAUCAGCACUCGCAGGUCACCUCCAGACUUGGGUUGGUAGCGAUGUGGCAGUAAGGCGCCUGCAGCAUGUUGGGGAGGUCCUCCAUGUUUUCUCCCAUAUCCGCAAAACAUAUGUGAUCUAUUUUUUAAAUCUGAACAAAGAAGAGGAAAACUGUGACAAAGAAGUGGAGCUGCCAGCAUCCCGAUGGGUGACCAAAACCGAAUUCCAGAGCUCAGCUAUUUCUACAGCCAUGAAAAAGAUUUUGAAAGCCUAUGAAGCAUGGAGCUCUAAAACCAGUUCUGACAAGGUUGUUAAGCGGAAACGAGACACCCUACAUGCGAGCCAUUCAAAGCCAGAAGAGGCCAGUGUCUGCAAAAGGCAACUUUCUCUGGAUUCUUUUCUUGCAACAAAUCCCAAGAACUGACAUAGUCUAUCUGCUGUGCCUGACUUCAUAUGGGAAAUGAUACACAUCCCCUGCUCCCCUAUAGAAAGCACUGCUGGUGUCUCCCCAAGGAGAUGAUAAUUUCAUGACCUUCACAUUAUUUCUGAGAGCAUUCUUGUCUUAUGUUCAUGUGCCUGUUGGAGACAAUUCUAAACACAGCUUGCUACUAUGAAGUAUUAAUGUUUCUCUUGGAUUCCCCAUGUGUCUUUUACCUUGAGAGAUAAGGGACUAAACGAAGGGUAACAACAGCUGUCUGCAGCAAGCACAUCACGGAGUCUACUAACAUUCUUGCACAUGCACAAUAAAAGCAGAUGAAGCUAUUCCCAUGGUUUCAUACAGUCAUGACAUAACAACAAAGAAAAUAUGUUUUUAAAUGUGACACAGGAUAGCAGAAGUAGGAUAGGAUAUCUGAUCUCCUGUGGCUGACAAAUUUGAUCAGGCUUUCUUGUUGCUUCUUAAGACAUGUAAAUAUUCUUUUACUGGGUCUUAGCGCUAUAUUAAUUGUCAUUUUUAUCACAAAUUAACAAUAUCCUGUUCUCAUUUUGUUUACCUUAAUAAAUUUUUAAAUAAUUUGUA